AGAUCAGACCCAGAUCAGAGACUCUCUCUCCGCCCUCAGCUGCUGGACUCUCUGCUUUUCCUGCCGGAGGAACCAGAGCAGAAGCAUCAGGAGAAACUAGAGUUGGAGGAAGGAAGCAAAGCCUGAGGAGGGUUGGGAUGCAGGCUCCCCGCGCGCUCCGCUGCUUGCUGUGCGCGCUCAGCUGCGCGUGGUGGCUCCGCACCGGGACAGCCUCGCGCCUCAAGACUCCCGCGCUGCCCAUCCAGUCCGAGAGAGAGCCGCUGCCCUCCAAGGGCCUGGCAGGAUGCUCCUUCGGCGGUCGGUUCUACUCCCUGGACGACACCUGGCACCCGGACCUGGGGGAGCCCUUCGGCGUCAUGCACUGCGUCCAGUGCCGCUGUGAAGCGCUGAAGAGCCGGCGAGGGAAGGUGUCCGGGAAGGUCGACUGCAGGAACAUCAAGCAGGACUGUCCCGCCCCCGACUGCGACGACUCGGUGCUGCUUCCAGGACACUGCUGCAGGACCUGUCCCAAAGGUUCAGACGGUAAAAAGCAGACGGAUUCUCCUCUGGACAGCUUCGACUUUUUCCAUGAGAAGGGCAAAGAGGACGACCUCCACAAGUCCUACAACGACAGAUCCUACCUGAGCUCUGAGGACACCGGGCUGGGGGAGGGCCGCACAGACUUCGUGGCCGUGCUGACCGGAGUGACGGACUCAUGGCUGCCCAGCUCCAGCGGAGUCGCCAGAGUCCGUCUGUCUCUGACCAGAACCACACUCACCUUCUCUGUUACGUACCAAAGAAUGGGCCGCCCCAGUAAGAUCACCCUCCUGGACUCAGACGGGACCCCUGCUUUAGAAUAUAAAGUCCCCAAAGGACAGGUGGACAUGAUCUGCGGCGUUUGGAAGAACUUGGCGAAACCCGCCAUGCGGCAGCUGCAGUCUGAGCAAAUGCGCAUCAGGAUGACGACGGCGGCGGGCAGACGGGAAGAGGUGGAGGGAAAGAUCAUCAAGCACAGGGCGCUGUUUGCUGAGACGUUCAGCUCAAUGCUGACCUCAGAGGAGGAGAACGCAGGAAUGGGCGGCAUCGCCAUGCUGACGCUGAGCGACAGCGAGAACAACCUGCACUUCAUCCUGCUGCUGCAGGGUCUCAUCACGCACAACAGCAAAGGAAACCUUUUCUCCUCAGAUCCGGUUGUGGUUCCGAUUCGAGUCCAGCUGAUGUACCGCCAACACGUCCUCAGAGAGGUCCGGGCCAACAUCACCUCCAGCGACCCGGACUUCGCUGAGGUGCUGACAGACCUGAACAGCAGAGAGCUCUUCUGGUUAUCCCGUGGGCAGCUGGAAAUCGCCGUGGCGACGGAGGGCCAGGAUCCCAGACAGAUCUCAGGCUUCAUCACGGGGAGGAAAUCCUGCGACACCAUCCAGAGCGUGAUGUCCAGUGGAGAUGCACUGAUGCCAGGGAAAACAGGAGGCGUGGGGUCGGCCAUCUUUAACCUCCAUGAUAACGGCACGCUGGACUACCAGGUUCAGGUUGCAGGUGUGACCAGCGACGUCGUGGGCCUCACUAUCGAGCUGAAGCCGCGGCGGCGAAACAAACGCUCCGUCCUGUACGAUCUAACGGCGGAGUACAGCAAGGCGGCAGGCAGGGCGGCGGGCAGCUGGAGUCGCCUGGAGGCGCGGCAUAUCCACAUGCUGCUGCAGAACGAGCUCUUCAUCAACGUGGCCACCGCUCACCACCAGGAGGGGGAGCUGAGGGGCCAGAUCAAGGCCCUGCCCUACGGCGGCCUGGAGGUCCCCAGACAGGAGCUGCCCGCUCCUCUGGCGGGACACUUCGUGUCUCCAGCAGUGAGAACGGGAGCGUCGGGUCACGCCUGGGUGUCGGUGGACAAACUGUGCCACCUGCACUAUGAGAUCAUCGUGGCGGGUCUCAGUAAGACGGACGACGUGACGGUGAACGCCCACCUGCACGGACUGGCCGAGAUCGGAGAGCUGGACGACAGCAGCGCCAACCACAAGAGGCUGCUGACGGGUUUCUACGGCUCCCAGGCUCAGGGCGUCCUGAAGGACAUGAGUGCUGAGCUGCUGCAGCAUCUGGACCAGGGAACGGCCUUCAUCCAAGUCAGCACCAAGAUGAACCCUCAGGGUGAAAUACGAGGACAGAUCCACGUCCCUAACUCCUGUAACCUGGGAGCUCCAACGGAGGCAGAGAAGGCUGAGAUCGACGACCUUCUCCUCAACGACCCCGAGGAGCUGAAGAAGGACCCGAACACCUGCUUCUUUGAGAACCAGCACCAGGCCCAUGGCUCCCGCUGGACCCCCUCCUAUGACAAGUGUUUCACCUGCAGCUGUCAGAAGCGGACGGUGAUCUGUGACCCAGUGAUCUGUCCAGAGCUGACCUGCUCCAGAACCAGUCAGCCUGAGGGCCGCUGCUGUCCCGUCUGUGAUGAAAGGAGGGAGGCCAAGGACACGGUCACUCCAGAGCCGGCGGAGGAACAUCUGGAAGGUUGCUACUUUGAGGGCGACCAGAAGAUGCAUGCCCCGGGAACCACAUGGCAUCCCUUUGUUCCUCCCUUCGGGUACAUAAAGUGCGCCGUCUGCACGUGCAAGGGCUCCACGGGGGAGGUUCACUGUGAGAAGGUGACGUGUCCGGCGCUGAGCUGCAGCCACCCGGUGAGACGCAGCCCCUCUGACUGCUGUAAGGAGUGUCCUGAGGAGGACCGGACCCCCCGCCUGGAGCACGGCGACAUGAUGCAGGCCGACGGCCCCCGCCACUGCAAGUUUGGAAAGAACUUCUACCAGAACAGCGACAGCUGGCAUCCCUGGGUGCCGCUGGUGGGCGAGAUGAAAUGCAUCAACUGCUGGUGUGACCAUGGAGUCACCAAAUGCCAAAGGAAACAGUGUCCGGUGCUGAGCUGCUUCAACGUCACCCGAACAGAGAGCUCCUGCUGCCCCGCAUGCGCCGAUCACAAACAGGAAGCAGAUCUGAUGACAAAACCAGCGAGCAGAAGACGAAGCUGGAAGCAGUAAGGAUGAGACCCCCCCGCAGAUGGUCCCCAGAGCUGCACGCCGCCCCCCCAUCUCUCCUGACCGACACCCACCCUGUUAGCAGCUUCACGAUUGUAGCGAGAGGAGCCUCUAGAGACUGGAGGGAGUGACCCCGACACAAAGACUUUAAGGGAGCCCCAUCCUGACGUCACGCCGCCUGCACCGUCUGCUGGACUUUAAGGAGGGCGGAGCUUCAGCUGCUCUCUGACUGGAAGGGAAAGGAAGGCAGUUUAUGGACAGAGCUUCGUGUUGAAGUGCAGCCACUGCCAAGCGGAGCUGCUGCAGCUCCUCCUGCUGCUGCAGCU